AUGAUUUGGAAUUUGGAGCUUCCUCCCAUCGCGUGCGCUUUUCCGUACUCUGAUAGCUGUUUCCUCGUGGCCUUUCAGCAGCAGCCAAAAGUGGCUGGUGAUGGCUUCAACGUAGAGCUUGGCGCUGCGUUCCUCCGGCGAAUCGAUAGACUGGGUGGGCUCGUGAAAACCACUUGGUCAACCCAGGCCUUCCCUGACAAGGACAAGACCCUGCGAUCCUCCAAUGGUCCAAUGGAGCUUAUGGCCAUUCAGCCUCCCAAGGCUCAGCGCCCAAACUACCACCGGCCCUUUGUUCGGCCAGACAGGCGCGGCCUGCGGUGGAUGACAGCGAGCCGUCGGGGCUCUGGCGCCGGAACCGCGGUCUUCGGCACGUGGUCCUGGAUUGCCUGA